AUGGCGUUCGUUACUUUCGGGGUCGUGUCUGGAGGCACCGGGCGGCAACCGCUAGCUGACAGGUCACCGGCGUUCUUGAAUCAGCACCCAAGAAAGACAAGCCGAUCGGUGCGGUGUCGACGGCGAAGAUUCUCGCGUAAAGUGUCUCGAAGAUGUCUGCUGAAGCUCUGCAGCGUUGCUGAACGACAGUCAUCCGACUCGGUGCGACGAGAGCAGGGACAGAAGCGGGGCAGCAGUAGCAGCGCCAGCAGCCGUGAUGAGCGCUAUGCGCGGAACGCAGCGGAACAGCGCCAGGCAAGCGACUCUGUAUCGACGGAGACGCGAGCCCGAGUGUCUCGAGCGCUCCUACAGGGCGCGCAGGGGGUGGGCCUCGGCCUCUACUGGAUUGCUCGGCAAGCGGUGCGUGUAUGUGUGCCGAUGGCUCGCUCGGCGUUUAGCCAGCUGUCAACGCUUGUGCAAGACCAUUCCAGUCGCGCGUUCACCUCAGUGGGGGUCCAAUCACAGCCAGAACCGCAUCAUAAGCCGUACGUUGCAUCUGAAGCGGACGAGGCAGCGCGGGCGCGGCCUAACGACACAGCCGUUGGUGCGGAUCGUGCUCAGCGGCGAUCUAAUCAUAAGAAACGGGGGCCACGUUCAGGUCCACCAUCGGGAGCGAAUGCUCCAGAGCAAGCAGACGAGAUGUCAGCUCGACUGCGGAGAAAGUACCUUCGAUCGUUUGGGAGCAUUCCGGAAGUUGUACUCUUUGACCUUGUCGCCGAAUGUGAAAUGCGAAAGCAAUUUGCGCUACCAGAGGAGACUCCAUCAAAUAUGUCGCUUUUAGGGCAGCGAGCCUGCUAUAUCCCGUAUGAGCUGCAGCGCAUUAUUUUCGACGAAAUUUUGACGCCAGAUUUUGCCGCCUCUGACGCUGACCGCGAUCUGUUUCAGAGCAGCAAUACAUCCAUUCCGCUCGGCGCCAAACACACGUUGCGAGCUACAGACGGCUCAGCGGCGUCCACCCCGAGAGCACCCGAGGUCGCUGUGCCGGUUCCCGUUCAUAUCAUGGAUUCGCUGGUGGCGGCUGUGGCACCCUGGAGCGCCGGCACUGGGAGUCCGGGGAGCGCACCAAAGGCGGCAAAUUCGCCGAAUGAUUGGAGUCAAACUGCGACAGCGCCUCGAGUCGGGGUCCAGGGCGAGUCGCCGGCAUCUACUUCCAACCUGGACGAUAUGGUACCUGCAGCAGCAGCAGCAGCGGCAGCAGCAGCAGGGCAAGUAUCCGUGGAUUCUUCCGCCCGCAGGGGCAGCAUGCUGUACAUCCCGAUAUCGGCGCUCGGGAGCUUGUGGCAAGCCAUCUCGGCAAUGAGUGCGGGCGGACGCAAACGGCGCGAGGAGGCGCAACGUAUUCGUACGUACUCGAAUGCCGCCGACGCUAUGGCUCGCGAGGAUGCCGUUAUGGCGGGUCUCGCUGGCGCAGACGGUGGAAGCACCAUGGCCUCGGCAUUUGCAACAGCGAGCGCCAUUAUGGCGAGCACACCGACGCGAUCGCCAUCGAUACCCGUGCAGGGCGCCGAGGCUGGAACUACCGCUAGUACGCGCGAAACGGAACAGAAGGCCUCGCGUCCAACAAAUGGAUCCGUGGAAUCAAUCGAGGUAUUGAGCAGACCGCAGGCAUCGGCUGCCAACUUGGGCAAUCAGCAGAAGCGAGAUCGCACGGAGUCGAAAGAGGGGACGGGUGCGAAGCAGAGCGCACCAGUGAACCCGUCAUCAGCGUCUGCUGCAUCCGCUGCAGCUACCAGUACAGAAGUAGCUGCAGCGGAUGCAGCAGAAAGUCCUCUGUCGAAAGACAAGACGAGAAACUGGUGGUCGACGCUUUUCUCGUUUACUUGGCCACGCCCGCGGAACGCUGUCGACUCGGGAUCUGCGACUGCGACUAACUCGGAGGAUCAUGCAAUUGAAUCCAUCCAGCGCCUGUUGCUUUCACGACAUUACGGGGCAGGCGCUGGCCAUGGCCCUGUGGAUGCUGCCGUCUUCGAUGAGCUCGUCGAUCGAGUGGAGCAGCUGACGCUUCGCGCUGCAGCAGAAGCGGCCAUGGCGAUUCGCACGCGAAAACAAGCCAUUGCAUUUCUGGAAGAGGUAGGUGUGGCACCGUUGUUGAAUGCACUGAGCAUGACGGACUCGCUGCAGCUCUCGAGGCCGGAUGCUGGACGCCGCAGGAACAGCAACAGCAACACCAACCUAGACGAUGAAACCGCAUCACAGAGAAAGCGCCCACAACAAGAACAGCAACGUGAAGCCGCCUUCACGGUAUCCCUAGCUGUGGCUGCACUCGCAAAUCUGACCAACGUCUUGCCUCGCUGCAAACCGCAAAUCCUUCGUUAUCCAGGCCUCUUGGAUGGUCUGUUGCGUAUCUUGGAAGCACCGGUAGCCGGAGAGUCAUGGGAGAUGCAAGGCAAGUGGAGCGCAUGUAUGCUCAUCGGCACCCUGAUGAUGGAUGCUGCCACGAGCGAUCGUGCCCUCUUCUUCCGGAAUCGUCGACUGGUUCGCGUGCUCGAGUCCAUGGCAGGCGGCACACGGGUCGGCUACCCGGAGGAUGUUGCACGGGCAUCGCGUCGGGCGCUCGCUUGUCUGGGCGUGCAUCACUGGAGGCCGCGCGUUCGAGGCCAGCGCGGUUUGCGCAUCCUUGCACUUGACGGAGGUGGCACUCGGGCGCUCAUGUCUUUCGAGAUUCUGAAGCACCUAACCAAAUUGACUGGCUGCCAGUUGCAUGAAAUGUUCGAUAUCAUUUGCGGAACCUCGACGGGGGCGAUUAUUGCCGGCUCGUUGGGGAUUCGCCGGCGUCCAGUUGAGGAGGUCGAGAGCCUCUACCGUGAACUAAUCGGCAAAAUUUUCGCCAAAAAGCUGAGCAGUGCGCCGAAAAUGUUGCUCACUCGGGCCUACUACGAUACGGACUUGUUUGAGAGCAUUCUGAAACGUGAGGCAGGCUCAUUGCGGAUGAUUGAUUCCACCAUGGACCGGGAUAUGAACUACGUGUUCUUCGUAAGCUCCGUGAUGAAUCGACGUCCGCACCAGCUGCAUCUGUUUCGAAACUAUUGCCACGCACCAGGCCAGGAGUCCAGAUACCCAGGGACUGUGGAUGCAACCCUAUGGCAGGGUAUGCGGGCCUCGUCGGCGGCUCCGACGUUUUUUUCGGAAAUUGUAUUGAAUGGACUCAUUCACGCAGAUGGAGCUCUGGUUGCGAAUAAUCCCGCAGGGGUGGCAGCGCACGAGGCACGCCGCUUGUUCCCGAAUGUGCCUAUCGAGCUCUUGGUGAGCGUGGGAACCGGAGUCGCCGAGAAGACUAGCCCUCUAUCGCCGCUAAGCACCACGGACAGUGGUGUGUCCACGGGCACCAGAGAGGGCAGCGGUGGCGACGGCGGUGCCUCAACCGAGAGCGAAGCUGCGAGUGCGCUUCGUGAAGCUGCCACGACUUCGGCGAUUUCCGCAAGUGGUGGUGAUGGUGCAGAUGCCGCAGCUGCUGCCGUCCCGAGCCGAAUGAGCUGGAACGACGUGAUCAACUCGAUUGUGGACUCUGCAGUCGGCACCGAGAGUGUGCAUCACAUCCUGGAAGAUGUGUUGCCUGCAGAUGUUUAUUUUCGAUGCAAUCCAGAGAUCAGCGUGAUGAAUAUUGAUGAGGUUCGUCCCGGCAAGCUCAUGGAAAUGAUUCGAUGUGCACAGGACUACAUCGCCGCGAAUGCUGAUCGCUUUGAUGAGUUAGCGGCACGGCUGCGCCCGAAAAUGCCCCAGAAUUUACUAGAACGGAUCCGUUUUGAGCUGCAACAGGAGGCCAGUCUGAUUCUCGACUUGGACGAUGCACGGGAAGGGCCACUUCCUGCGCUUUAG